UUCUCAAUGUACCAGGCGUCGCACAUAAUUUUUAGAGCUGUAGAAAUAAAAAUCAAAUUAAAAACCUUUAAAUUAAACGUCAACUGUCAUUACCCACCGACUGCAGCGCACUCCCCGCACAACUUCAUUCCUUUUCUAUGUGCAGGCGUCGAAACAUCGCGUGGGUUAAAAAAUAUUUUAAGUGCUGGAAAAUACAGUGUCAUUAUGGGAAAACGUAAAAGGGAACGUAGUAAAUCGGAAAUUCUUCGAAAGAUAAGGCGUUUAGAACGAAAACUGCGUUCGUCAUCGUCAUCAUCUGGUCAACAUGAGGAAGAACAUUAUUCUUCUCACUCAAGAUCGCGUACACCUGACUCCCGGCGGUUGUCUUUGUAUUCCGAUGAUUCGGAAGUGAUAAGAAGAAAUAAUCCAAUGAGAUCUGAGGUUGUCAUACCCAAUAGUCCAUCGCACACCAGCGAUGCACCUAUUAUCAUCCCUCAGGGCCAUAUUGCUAGUUCAAAUGAUGCCAUAAUAGUAGAACCCGACGUUUUGCCGCCUGAAAUAUUAGAAGUGCUAGGUGACUCAACAGGCAAAGAGGAGAUCUUGGGUCCACCUAUAAAUGAGGAGAUCUCUAAACGUUGGGGUAGAAUUCUAGUAGAGGGGCUGACUAGAGAGGCGAAGGAAGCCAUCAUGAAAGCAACCCUAACGCCGGAGAACUUUACCUUAUCAAAAGCGCCAAAGCUUAACUUAGAAAUGUCGGCGGUCAUAAGUGAUAGCAUUAAGCAUCGGGAUAAAUUGCUCGAAAAAGCUCAGAAUCAACUUGGGCUAGGCAUUGCUGGCCUGGGUAAUCUGGCUUCGUCUCUGAUUAAAGACGAUCAGCCGAAGAUGGAAAUAUUGAAAAAACUGUCAGAUGUCAGUAGAAUUUUCCUGGAUCUACACUACGAGAAUUCUCAACAUAGGAGAAAGUUGAUUACCUCAGCACUGGAUAAAAAAUUUACGGCUACUAUGAGUGAUUUAAAGCGAGAUUCAUUUCUUUUUGGAACGGACCUUGGAGAAAAAAUCAAGGCCACGAAAACGGCUGAAAAAUCGGGACUUCAAAUAAAACGCAACAAUUUUAGCGUUCCUUCUACAUCUAGACAACAGGGAAACUGGAGGGGCCCACCCAGGUUUCAAUCAACCAAAGGUUCCAAGCCGGGUGGGCAGAAACCGCGGUACACACCCAGUCAAGGACAAUCGACACAACAGGGUCGGAGGCAGCCAGCAUCCAAUCGAGCCCCGCCUGCCCGGAAGACGGACAGAACUCGCAGGAACCACUAGAGGACACCACACCCACUUUGGAAAGGACUUACCCUGGUGUCGUCAGUAUUAUCAAGCAAUCGUACAUAACACAAUCGUUACCAGAAAGUGCUAUUAAGAUUAUGAUUUCAUCGUUAGCUGACACCACUCUCAAACAAUA